AUGGUAAAAACAGUAACAAAAACCACAACCCUCACCACCACCACCACCACCACCACCACCACCACCACCACCACCACCACCACCACCACCACCACCACCACCCUCUGUCUCUCCUCACAGGCUGCUGGAGUCUGCAGCCUGAAAUGUUUGUAUUCUUUUGGACAAUGCGAAGAGUGAUCGGCUAGCACGGAGAAUGGCCCUAUUCGUUCGAGAACUAGCGUACUCCAAGGUGGACCUCACUUCUGCCCUCGAGACCCCCUUCUCCGAACAAGACCAGAUGGAGAAGGCGGGUGCUGGCCACAACUCCUUCUGCAGCGCCCGCUCAAAGGCAUAG